AUGGUGACAGCCGUCGCUAGAAAUGGCGGCACUGCCAGCGUCACCAACGGGGCGGCUCCAGGCAUUACUCCUGCGACGCGAUUCUCUGACAUCCCUUCUGCCAUCGACAUUCCCGUAUCCGGCGGCCUUGAACCGGACGAAGCGGUGGAAGUCAAUCUCGAAGACCACUUGGAUGAUCCCGAUGGAAUCUGCCAGGUCCUGGAAAAUGAGAAGGCUGCAAAGAACUUGUGGAUUACUAUCGCGCUUGCCUACGCAAAGCAAGGCCAGACAGAUCACGCUAUUGAGAUAUUGAGCAAAGGCCUUCAGUCGCUGGCGAGAAGCGGUCCCAAAGAUCGGCUGCCGCUGCUGGCUUGCGAAGCCUGGCUGAACCUGCAGAAGAGCAGACAAGCGCCUCGUGUUCCACCAGAGAACCAGCAAGCCGCCGACGUGAAGACCAAAGACCACUACCUCCGAGAAACCCUGGCAAAUAUCAACGAUGCCCUGCGAAUCAAUCCCUCCUUUCCCCCCUUCCACCUCACUCGCGGUGUCCUCUCCCUUCUCAGAGCCUCCUUGCAAGCGUCAACAAAAACUGGUGCAGAAGCCGAAAGGACGGAACACCUGAAACAAGCGUUGAAGUCUUUCGAUGACGCGCUCAAGAGCUCCGAGGGCCGUAACAUGAUGGCCGUCAUGGGAAGAGCGAGGUCACUCUACCUGUUGAAGCAAUACGGCCCCGCGCUACAUGCAUACCAAGAUGUACUGGCCAAGAUGCCGGGUCUCACCGACCCAGACCCACGGAUAGGCAUUGGCUGUUGUCUGUGGCAGUUGGGUUAUCAAGACAGAGCAAAGAUGGCCUGGGAGAGAUCCUUAGCCCUGAAUCCAAACUCCAAGGUCGCGCAUGCCUUGCUGGGAGUCUAUUAUCUGCAUGAAAGCGCCAAAUACUCGGCAUCUGAUCCUCAAUUCAACGCUCUUUACAAGAAGGCUAUGAUCGAUCACACAAAGAAGGCGUACACCAUCGACAAGAACUUCCCACUCAGCUGCGCGACAUUCGCUAGCUACUUUCUACUGACUGGCCGCUACGAGACCGUGGAACCGUUGGCACGGAAAGCCAUUGAGCAAACCGACAUCAACGCAGUUGCUAGCGAUGGGUGGUAUUUGUUGGCUCGGAAGGAUCACAACAUGGGCGAUCUGUCGAGAGCCAACGAUGAGUACAACAAGGCAGACCAAGCACGCGGCGGCCUCGACAAAGGAUACUUCCCAGCAAAGUUCGGUCUGAUACAGAUUUUGGUCCAGACGCAGGACAUCGCCGGUGCCAAAUUCCGACUCGAAAAUCUGGCUCAGAUCAACCGGCACGUCGAGGCUAUGAUUUUGCUGGGCUGCAUCUACGCUGAAGAAGCGUUCUCAGCUCAGAGCACUGCCUCGAAAGAGGACAAAACGACUGCCGCGCGAAAGGCAAUCCACUUACUGGAGAGCGUCCGUAAAACCUGGAAGGACGAGAAGUCCCGGAACAGGCCCGAUGAAUCGGUCUUACUUUACCUGGCGCGACUGUACGAGCAGGAAAACCCGAUUGAGAGCUUGAAGUGUUUACAAAUGGUUGAAGCGAUGCAACUCGAAAAGAUUCCAGAUGAGGACAAGCCAGAUCCCAACGAGGAAGAGGGGACUUACAUCGCACAACUGCGUGAGAAUUUGCCUCCUCAGCUUCUGAACAACAUGGCCUGUUUCCUGUAUGGGCAAGAAUCGUACUCGAUCGCUCGCGAGACAUUCCAGAUCGCGCUCAAUGCAUGUGUCAAGCUUACUGAGAAGCAGGAAGCCGAGAAGAAGGCUUUGGAAGAGGACAAGAUCGCGGCUGAAGAUGUUGACAACAGUGACACUGAUGCUUUGGUCACCACCAUAUCCUACAAUCUCGCCCGGACUUUGGAGGCAUUGGGCUUGAUAGAGGAGGCUCAAAAGGUGUAUGAAGGUCUGCUUGCUAGGCACUCGGAUUAUACCGACGCUUCCGCACGCCUAGCAUUCAUAGCCUUGGAAUCAUCACCUCGAGACGAAGGUCCCCGCAAGAUCCAUGCCAUCUAUCAGAGUGACUACGGCAACACUGAAGUAAGGGCUUUGAUGGGCUGGUACCAUCACAGCGCCAAGAGAAAGACCAACAAUCUCGCAGAAGAUGCUGAAAACCGACACUACAAGCAUACUUUGCAGGGCUAUGACAAGCACGACCUUUACUCUCUUGUUGGGAUGGGCAACGUCCAUCUCACAAUCGCAAGAGACAUGCCUCGAAACACAGAGCAGGAAAAGGAGAAGCGGAGCAAAAUGUACGUCAAAGCUUACGAGUUCUUCGACAAGGCUCUUCAACUGGACCCCCGGAACGCCUACGCCGCGCAAGGCAUUGCUAUCGCUCUGUGUGACGACAAGAAGGCAUAUUCCGACGCUCUCCAGAUCUUCACCAAGGUCAAGGACACCCUUCGUGACUCCUCGGUAAACACCAACCUGGGUCAUGUGAUGACCGAACUCCGGCAGUUUCAGCGGGGCAUUGACAACUACGAAAUUGCUCUGAGAAAAGAAGCCAAGGGAGAAAAUGCACAGCUACUGGCGUGUCUGUCAAGGGCAUGGCUGUUGAAAGGCAAGGCUGAUAGAUCCAUCCCUGCUCUGAACACUGCUCUCGACUACAUGAAGCGCGCACUAGCCACCCAAGCCGACUCUCCUCACUUGCAGUUCAACGUGGCGUUCAUUCAAUUCCAGAUCGCUCAGCAUGUCAACCAGGCCAAGGAAACGGACCGGACGCUGGAAGAUGUGGACGCUGCUACUGCUGGGCUGGAGGAGGCCAUCGAGACCUUUGAGCGGGUCGCGAAGCACAAACAGCCUCCUUAUCCUCGGACAGCCUUGGAGCAGCGAGCUGCUAUGGGUAAGAACACAAUGAGGAACCAGCUUGAGCGACAACGCGUGAAGCAAGCUGCUUACGAAUCCGAGAAUGCCACCAAACUGAAAGAGGCGAAGGAGAGACGUGAGGAAGAGCUCCGCAGACGCGAAGAGGCAGCCCGGAGGCGGAGAGAGGAAGAAGAGGAGCGUGCCGCCAAGAUUGCAAUGGAGCGGAGAAAGCUCGUCGAGGAGACAGAACGCAUUGCCGAGCAGAUCCGUGCAGAGGCUGCCGCAAGAGAAGCUGCCGAGUACACUGACGACGAGGAGACGGGCGAGCGUGUGAAGCGAAAGGCGAAGAAGAAGGGCGGCUCGAAACGAAAGAAGAGAGACGACGAGGACGGUUUCAUCGAGGACGACGAAGACGGAAAGAGUGAACGCAGCGUCUCGAGAACCCCCAUGAGUGGAACGGAGGGCGAAGCUCCCGCUGAAAAGCCCAAGAAAAAGCGGAGAAAGCUUGAACGGAAGAGUGCGGGGAGAGAAUCGACGCGCCGGAAGAACGAGAGCAAGUACAAGUCCUCGGCGGUCAUUGUGGAUUCGGACUCGGAGUUGGAAGAGGCUAGUGCUGUGGCGACGCCAGAGGAGCCUGCUGCUCAUACACCCGCGUCGGAGGCGGCGGAGAGAGAUGACGAUCAAGUCAUGGCUGACGCGCGUGUGGCCGAGGAAGAAGACGAGGUGAAGCCCAGACCGCCCGCACGGCAGAGGAAGCAGCUUAGGACGAUUGCCGACGACGACGAUGAUGAGGAUGAGGGCGAGUUUGACGAAGCCUUCAAUGCGGGUGCUGGUGGGGCAGGCACUGCUGAUGCUGUCGACAGGGAGGACGAUGCAGACGAAUGA